AUGCGACUUUUACAGAUCAUAAACAAACUGUGGAGUAAAAUUACAGAAACAAAAUGGGCAAUUCUUUACGUCAGAUUUGCAGCUGUACGAUUAGUUGUUGCAAUAGCAAUGAAUGCUGUUAUAUUGAAAUUACAUGAAGAUAUUGCAGAAAAAUUAUUAAACUUACAUGACAUUGAAAAUGAUUUACCUGAUGAUAGAAAAUAUGCAUAUAUAAAUUACGAUUAUGAAAUUUAUAGAAGGAUUAAUCUAGCACGAAGUCUUAAAUGGAUAGGCCGUAUAAAUAAUCAAUUAGAAAUUGACCGUCCAUUUAUAGAUGAUGAUACAGUCGAUACAACUGACAUAAGUAGAGCUGUAAUAACUUGGGAAAUUAUUCAUUUAUUAAUAUUAACUGGAUUUGCUGCGUCUUCAUUAUUCUUUGGUUAUAAAUUGUAUCAACAUUUUGGAUGGAACAUUUACAAAAAAAUUGGUGCUAAUAUUCAAAUGCAAGCAAUGUAUCGAACAUACCUUGUUUUUCUUCUAUUAAUUAAAUUGGAUACGUUUUUACUAUUGGGAUUUCAAAUCCUUACUUUAAGUUUUUUAUUUAGUGAAAAUGUUGAAGGCAACACAAGAACAAUCAUACUUCAAUGUAUUAUGGUUGCAAUAGUAAUACCAACAAUCGGUUUAGCUUUAUGGGGAGUAAUUAUGAUUUCAAAUUUAAUUUUCAUACUUGCUUCUGUUAUAAUUAAACGUGAAGAAGUAUUAUUGCUGUUGUUGGACAUUUUGGGUAUUUUACUGAUUGUGCUAUCAAUGAUUGUUGCUUAUUUAACAGCAAGGAAUUUUGGUUUUGGAUUAGAAGAUCAUUUUCAAAAGAAACAUCAAAUUGUUACGGUUGAUUUGGAAUCAAGUGGGGUUCAACAGCCAACAAGAUUUUCAAUUGAUGGUUAA